AUGACGCAAUUCACACCAACACUACCACCUUUGCACCAAACCACACACUUUUCAAACACUAGCAUGAACAAAAAUCAACUUCCUAGGACUAGGCCCUGGCCUGGGUUCCCCACAUCUAAGGCCCUAGGUAACUUCGGCGACGCCAAUUGUAUGGAACAGUUACUUGUUCACUGUGCCAACGCUAUAGAAAUCAACGAUGUAACACUUGCCCAACAGAUCCUUUGGGUCCUCAACAACAUAGCACCCCCUGACGGUGACUGCAAUCAGCGCCUAGCUGGUAGCUUCCUUCGCGCUCUCACAGCCCGCGCUGCCAAAACCGGAAGUUGCAAAAUGCUUGCCGCCGUGGCAGACUCCGCUCAUAGCAAUCUCGCCAUAGACACUCACAAAUUCUCUGUCAUCGAGUUAGCCAACUUCGUUGACUUGACUCCUUGGCAUCGCUUUGGUUUCACAGCAGCUAAUGCUUCCAUUCUAGAAGCUACCGAAGGAUUCUCAGUCAUUCAUAUAGUGGACUUAAGUUUGACACAUUGCAUGCAAAUUCCCACGCUCAUUGAUGCCAUUGCUAGCAGACAACAAGUUCCACCUCUAAUCAAGCUCACAGUUGCUGGUGCUACCUGCAGAGACAUUCCACCUAUGCUUGACCUCUCCUAUGAAGAAUUGGGUACCAAGUUGGUUAAUUUCGCUAGGUCAAAAAACGUGAUUAUGGAAUUCACAGUUGUUUCUUCAAGUUAUGAAGAUGGGUUCGCUGCUUUGAUCGAACACCUGCGGGUGCAACAUUUAGUGUACGCGGCAGAAGGUCGUCCAACUGAAGCUUUGGUCAUAAACUGUCACAUGAUGCUUCAUUACAUUCCUGACGAAACUAUAUCAGAAUUUACAGAUGCAUUUUCAAACUCUUAUGUUUGUGAUUCUUCUUCUGCUGCUACUACUUCGUCCUUGCGAUCAAUGUUCCUCAAAGCCUUGCGGACUUUAGACCCAACCAUUGUAGUUUUGGUAGAUGAAGAUGCAGAUUUAACAUCCAAUAAUUUGGUUAGCAGAUUAAGGUCUGCGUUUAAUUAUCUGUGGAUACCAUACGACACGGUGGACACGUUCCUUCCACGAGGCAGUAAACAAAGGCAGUGGUAUGAAGCGGAUAUUUGUUGGAAGAUUGAGAAUGUGAUAGCACAUGAAGGGCUUCAGAGGGUUGAGCGGGUUGAGCCAAAAAGCAGGUGGGAACAACGAAUGAGAAAUGCUAACUUUCAUGGGAUCAGUUUCAGUGAGGAUUCAGUUUCGGAGGUGAAAGCCAUGCUCGAUGAACAUGCAGCUGGAUGGGGAUUAAAGAAGGAGGAUGAGCAUCUUGUGCUCACAUGGAAAGGACAUAAUGUUAUCUUUGCCUCUGCUUGGUUGCCUGCUUGA